GAUGAAAGUUCAGAGCGCGGAAGUGAAGACAGAAACUUUUCGCCUGAAUCUCUGCAAGAGAGCAGCAACAAGUUCCCGCGUUCAGCUUUGGAAGAGGAUGUCGAGGAAGAUGAGGAUGAUGAUGACACGGAUCGGUCAGUGUCUUUGAGGAAACCGCAGUUCGUUGUUUUGUGAAGUUUUAGUUCAGCUCGGAUUAUGGGGUUGCCGACUUUAGAGUUCAGUGACUCGUUUGUGGACAGUCCGGACUUUAGAGAAAGACUCAAAUGCCAUGAAAUCGAGCUGGAUCGAACCAACAAGUUCAUCAAAGAGCUGAUUAAAGAUGGACACCAGCUGAUCUGCGCGCUCAAGAAUCUCUCGGCAGCAGUGCAGAAGUUCUCUCAGUCCUUGCAGGAGUUUCAGUUUGAGUGCAUUGGCGACGCAGAGACGGAUGAUGAAGUGAACAUCGGUAAAAACAUCACUUCUUUUUCCCCAUUAUUAUCCUUAAUAGAGAGAGAGAGGGCACAGUUAAUACAGAACGCAGAUGAUGUUCUAAUCACACCGUUGGAGAGAUUCAGGAAAGAACAGAUCGGAGCAGCCAAAGAGGGGAAGAAGAAAUUUGACAAGGAGGCGGAAAAGUAUUAUUCCACACUGGACAAACAUCUCAACCUGUCAUCCAGAAAAAAAGAGUCAGCUCUCCAAGAGGCUGACGCUCAGAUUGAUAAGGAAAGGCAGCUCUUUUAUGACGCAUCGCUAGAAUACGUCUUCAAAAUCCAGGACGUUCAAGAGAAGAAGAAAUUUGAGUUUGUCGAGCCGCUCUUGGCCUUCCUGCAGGGUCUGUUCACAUUCUACCAUGAGGGUUACGAACUGGCCCAUGACUUCGAGCCCUACAAACAACAGCUCCAGUUUAACCUGCAGAAUACAAGAAACAACUUCUUGAGCACUAAGCAGGAAGUGGAAAACCUGAUGAACCGGGUUCGAUCUGCAGAUCAGGAUCAAAAGCCCCCGGGCCAGUGGACUAUGGAAGGCUACCUGUAUGUCCAGGAGAAGCGGCCUUUGGGUUGCACAUGGACACGUCAUUAUUGUACAUAUGACAAAGAUAAUCAAACCUUCAGCAUGUGCAACACAGAGGCAAAACCAGCAGCCAAACAGAACGCCGUCACUUCAAAUCCCCCUGAGAAGUUCAGGCUCAAGUCCUGUAUUAGAAGAAAGACUGACUCCAUUGAUAAACGCUUCUGUUUUGAUAUUGAAGUGGUGGAAAGGCACGGUAUUAUCACUCUACAAGCGCUGUCCGAGUCCAACAGGAGGCUCUGGCUGGAAGCCAUGGAUGGGAAAGAGCCGAUAUACAAUCUUCCUGCUAUUCUAAGCAAGAAAGAAGAAACAUAUUUAAAUGAGGCUGGCUUUAAUUUUGUGAGGAAGUGUAUACAACUGGUGGAGGUCAGAGGGCUCAACACUAUGGGUUUGUACAGAGUCGGUGGAAUAAAUUCAAAAGUGCAGAAGCUCAUGACCACAGUCUUCUCACCCAAAGCAGCAUCAGAUCUGGAUCUGGACCCAGACACUUGGGACAACAAGACCAUCACCAGCGGCCUCAAGAAUUACCUCAGGUGUCUUUCUGAGCCUCUCAUGACGUACAAACUCCACUCUGAUUUCCUCUUGGCUGUCAAAUCUGACGAUCAGAACUACAGAGUGUGUGCAGUUCAUUCGCUGGUGCAUAAACUCCCUGACAAGAACAAAGAGAUGCUGGAGAUAUUAAUCAAACAUCUGCUCAAUGUUUCCAGUCACAGUGAAAGUAACAGGAUGACGGUAUCUAAUCUGGGGGUGAUCUUCGGCCCUACACUCAUGCGCUCACAAGAGGAAACUGUUGCUGCCAUGAUGAACAUCAAAUUCCAAAAUAUUGUGGUGGAAAUUCUCAUUGAAAAUUUGGAAAAGAUAUUUCAUCAAGCACCAGACCCUAAUGUCCCCCUACUGCAGCCUCUGUCCCGUCCAGAGUCCCGCAGGAGCAGAGCCAUUGGUCUGACAUCGGGACCUCGCAAACCCAGGAGCCUCUACACACCCUCACUGUGCCUGGCGGAUGCUGACAGUGACACGUUCAGCAGUAGUUCGGGCAGCACUCCAAUCGGCAGCAUGGACUCGCUCUCCUCCCACUCCUCUGAGCAGAACAGCUCCUCCAAAACCUGCUCGUCUCCACAGCACAAGGACAAGCCCCCCUUCCCCGGGCCGCGAAGCCCUUUCUCCCGCUCCUCCAGCGAGCUGCAGGGCCCCAGCAGCCCAGACUCCAGCUCCAGAGAGCAGGUCUGUCCCACGGACGAGUCCUGCAGGGGGAACAUCAGGUCUACAACAGCUCCUACUAAAGCUCCUCAUGCACAGCUGAACCGCUCCAUUGCUCAGUCUCUGAGAUCCUUACAUUUAACUGAAGGAGUGUGUAAGAGUUUUGCAGGCUCUGUGAAUAGUCUGGUGUGUGUCGACGGCUCUAAAUCCACCACCUGCCUUGAUGUGCCACCUAAAGCACUCCUGCGGAGAAAGAUGGACAACAACAGCUCAACUAAUGGCUAUCAGAGACCAGGAUCUGUAGUGGCUGCCAGAGCUCUGCUGUUUGAGAACCCAUCAGCUGUUAAACAUCCUCCUUUAGGAAGAGAUGCGAAAGCCAUUUAUUCCUGUGAAGCCGAACACAGCAAUGAACUGAGUUUCCCACAGGGGGCGCACUUCUCAAACGUGUAUCCUUCAGUGGAACCCGGCUGGCUCCAAGCAACAUGUGAGGGCAAAACAGGCCUCAUCCCUGAAAAUUAUGUGGUGUUUCUCUGACAGCGUCCAACCAGGAGUGGCCAAGAAUUUCAUGGUAUCCAUGGCGACGUCAAUUUUAAACCAAGAGCUUUAAGCAUAAAUCAAUUAUCAAGUAGGUGCAGUGUAUAGAUAGGCCAUUAUGAUUGUUAAUGAAGAGAUUCUUAAGAUUAACAGAUCGUAUUAAGAGAUAAUUAAGAGAUUGUGUACAGUACACAAACCUCACUCAUAAAGCACAGUGGUGAUUCAUGUCCGGAUAUUAGGAGUAAUUCUUGACUAAUGGGGUUUUACUCAGGCAGAAAUUAAAGUUGAACUUGAAAUGAAAUCACUGAGUAAAGAUACAGAAAUUCACAUCUUAGGAGUUCUGUUAGGUCUGCUGUGUUUUAGAAAACUGUAAUCCUGUCAUGAAAGAUCAGCAAAUAGAUCUAAGAGACAGACGUUCGCUUAUUUUAGUGUCUUUUAGUGAAGGGGAGAAGUUUGAACCUCUGCAAAAAUUAUUUUAUCUGUAAAUGGCUGUCAUAUUUAACAUCGUUCAGCUUACAUUAUCGGCUGUGUAUGUGUGUGUACUGGAUUUGGUGGUUUAGGAGGACACAAUUUGUAAAAUGACAUGGGUAUGACCUUUUAAUUACAAUAUUGAGGUGGUUUAUGAGGACAUGCCUUGCGUCCUUGUGAAUUGAAUCUUUUAGAAAUCAUACUCAGUGGUGUAAAUUUCAAAUUACAAAUACUCAAAUGACUGUAAUUGAGAAGUUUUUCUCAGAAAUUGUAAUUUACUAAGUAGUUUUGACAAUAUGUACUUUUACUUUCCCUUGAGUACAUUUUUUGUGCUGUAUCGGUACUUUUACUCUACUUUUUUUUCCUGCCUGCAGUUGUACUUUAUUUUUUCUUGUCUAUAGAGAUUAGAAAAGUCAGUCCUGUGUUUCCUUUCCAAUCAAAAUCACACAUAGAAGGUAAAUCGCAUCAUACUGAACAACUGCAAGACAUGGGCAAUUUAUAAAUGCAGCAAACUGUUUGGAAGCCUUUAUAGUGUCCAAGAGGAUGUCCAAAAUCUUGACGCUCAAUGACUCAGAGACUGUUUAGAUGCAUGUCACUGAUGAGAAGAUGACAGAUGUUUUCUGUAUGGUGACCGAAAGGGCCUUAAACAAUAACUAAAUGCACUACAGAAUGUUACGUUUACACACACAUACACACACAAAUGACAUUUAAAUGCAUCAGCUUUUUACAGCGUAACACUCACUACUCUUGAGUACUGUUAAAAAAGGUCUUCUUUUUACUCAUACUUUGAGUAAUAUUUAAAACAGAUACUUUUACUCUACUUGCACUACAUUUUUGGGCAAGUAAUGGUACUUUUACUUUCAGUACUUUUUCCACCACUGAUCUUACCUAACGGGGUCAUUUCACUUGCAAAAUUUGCCACAGGUUUUCUGUCAGAGUUGGGUUUAAGGGUACAAUGUAAAAUAUUUGACCUUAAAUUUACAGUAAAUUGCAGGCUAAUAAUUGCAUCACUUUCAUGGUAAGGUACUGUUCGUAUAUUUACAAUAAAUUACUGUGAGGUAGUUCAUAAUUACAAUAAUUCAGAAAAUAUUUCAAAUGCCAAAUAAAAGUGCCUUUACUAAGAUAAAAGAUUAUGUGUAUUAACUUCUGUGUUGAAUAAAAUUAAAAAUGUUUGAAUUCCUACAGUAUAAUUAACGUAUAAUUUAUAUACGAUUUAUAGUAUAAUUUUUACAGUAAUUUACAUUUAGUCAUUUAGCAGACGCUUUUAUCCAAAGCGACUUACAAAUGAGGACAAGGAAGCAUUUACAAAACUAUAAGAGCAGCAGUGAAUAAGUGCUAUAGACAAGUUUCAGGUGUGUAAAGUCUAAGAAGUACUCUCUUUCUGAGAGAGUACAGUUAGUGGUAUAGCCAGAGAGGCAGUUAAGAUUAGGAAGGAAAGUGGAGACUUUAAUGUAUUUAUGAUGCCUGUCUUAAUUUCACAAUAAAAUUCUGAAUUUUUUUUUUUAAAUUUCACAGUAAUAUCCUGUAAAGUGAUACUAAUGUAAUUCACUGUGAAAAAUGACAGUAGCGUUGUGAAAUUCUGGGAAUUUUUUACAGUGUAGGGUAGGAGUAGGGUAAAGCCAUAUAAUAAGCAUUUUUUAACAAUAUAAAAUAUAUUGUGCUUAUAGAGGGUCCUCAUAAACCACCAAAACCAACAUGUGUGUGGUGUGUAUCUGAUCAUAAAUUAACAUACUUUUACUGUCGCGAAUGUUUAAAAGUCUGAGACCGUUUUUACCAUUUGAAGAUUUUAAACAGAAAAUCCAACAGCAUUGUUUAAAAUGCUGCAUUACUGUAGAUGAAAAUUCUGUCAUUAUUUACAUAUCCUUUCGUUGAUCCAAGUCUGUACGAAUUUCUUUGUUCUGUUAAACACAAAAGAUAUUUUAAAAAUGUUGCUAACCAGACUGGAUGCGUUUCUUUUGACAUUCAUAUAUAUACAGUUGAAGUCAGAAUUAUUAGCCCCAUGAAUUAAUAGCCCCCCUUGGCAUUUCCUCAAUUAAAUCUUUUUCAGCACAUUUCUAAACAUAAUAGUUUUAAUAACUCAUUUCUAAUAACUGAUUUAUUUUAUCUUUGCCAUGAUGACAGUAAAUAAUAUUUAACUAGAUAUUUUUCAAGACACUUCUAUACAGCUUAAAGUGACAUUUAAAGGCUUAACUAGGGUAAUUAGGUUAACUAGGCAGGUUAGGGUAAUUAGGCAAGUCAUUGUAUAACGACGGUUUGUUCUGUACUCUAUUGAAAAAAUAGCUUACAGGGGCUAAUAAUUUUGACCUUAAAAUGGUUCAUAAAAAAUGAAAAAAUGCUUUUAUUCUAGCUGAAAUAAAACAAAUAAGACUUUCUUCAGAAGAAAAAAUAUUAUCAGGUGUACUGUGAAAAUUUCCUUGCUCUGUUAAACAUCAUUUAGGAAAUAUUUAAAAAAGAAAAUAAAUUCAAA